AUGUAUAUCCGCGCCACUCACGCAGAGACAGACCUCCGUGUCCUUCGUCGUCUCAUCCAUGAAAACCCACUCGGAAUGCUCACGACCGGAAUCAAAUCCGAAACACAUUCAUUUCUCCAAAGCAGCCAUAUUCCAUUCCUGCUAGACGUCCAGGAUGAAUCAAGCGAAACAGAACUCGGUCGUCUAAGAUGUCAUAUGGCACGACAAAACCCGCAGAGCAAAGCCAUAAUAGAGCACUGCACCUCGAACCCCGGACUCAAGAACUAUCUCGAAGAUGAAGUUCUCAUCAUCUUUACCAAGCCAGCACAUCAUUAUGUCACACCCAAAUUCUAUACCGAGACGAAACCCGCCACUGGCAAGGUUGUACCGACGUGGAACUACGCUGCGGCUCAAGUUUAUGGCAAAGCGCGCAUUUACUACGAAAACAACGAGGAGACGUCGAGCUUUCUCGGCAAGGCUAUUUCGGACCUCACAGAUGCCAGCGAGACAAAAAUAAUGGGGUACACGGGUGGGGAUAGACCUACGCAGUGGAAGGUUGCAGACGCGCCUGAGAAGUACGUCGAACUGCUAAAGAGGAAUAUCAUCGGUAUUGAGAUCGAAGUGACCAAGUUGGAGGGCAAAUUCAAGAUGAGUCAGGAGAAUGGAAAGGGAGAUCGGGAGGGAGUUGUUGCGGGCUUUGAGGCAUUGGGGACUGUGGUUGGCGAUGAGAUUGCAAAGACUGUUCAAGAGCGUGGGAGGUGA